AUGAACAAGAUGAAGAUGCCACUGGCACUACUCUCGUUUCUUCUGCUCGCCGUCGCCUCCACCAUUCCGGCGGCGGCUGGAAUCCUCGCCGACGCCCCUUCUGCUGCCUCGACGGCGUACGGCCCUGACGACUUCAACAUGCACGCUGUCGCGACAGCGCUCGGUGCCGACAGGGCUCUUGGCUGGCGCAACGAUUCUUCGGCGUGCCGGGAUGGCUGGACCGGAAUCACCUGCGGCGAAGGCGGCAAGGUGAUCGCGAUCCGUGCGCGGAACGCCGGCCUCAACGGCACUCUGCCGACCGAAGUCACCCUUCUCUUCGCGCUGCAAGUGCUCGAUCUCCGGGACAACGGCCUCACCGGCGCGCUUCCUGAUGCCGUCUUCCUCGAGCUGACGAACCUGCACAUCGACAACAACUUGUUCACUUCUGUGCCAGCAGAUUUCUUAUCUACCGCGAGGUCCCUGCAGGGGUUCAGUAUCAGCAACAAUACACAGCUACAGCCAUGGGAGCUGCUGCAUGACGCUCAUCGACUCACCAAGCUUCGACAUUUCAUCGCCAACAACGCAGGAGUCUCCGGAACACUUUCGGGCUUCCUCGGCAACAGAAGCGUGUUCCCUGAGCUCAGCAUUCUCAGCCUGGCGCACAAUCUGCUCACUGGUCAUGUGCCGGCAACGUUCUACAGCCGAACGUUGCAUCGGCUCGACUUGAGCAGCAACGAUCUGUCCGGCCCCAUUGAUUUCAUCGCAAAUCUUCUGGGACUUGAAGAGCUUCUCCUUGACCACAACAGCUUCACUGGUCCCAUGCCGGAUCUCAGUGGACUUUGGAAGCUGCAGGUGGUCGACGUGGCGCACAACCGGCUCACCGGAGUUGUGCCGGCGUCGCUGACCGAUCUUGGACUGCUCAACUCGGUGUCCCUGACGGGCAAUCUCUUCCAGGGUCCGCUUCCUGAGUUGGCAAGCUCGGUGCACAGCGACAUCACUAAUGCGGCCUUCAACGGGAGCUUCUGCCGGACGGAGCACGGCCCAUGUGAUCCCCUCGUCGACGCCUUCAUUGCAAUAGCCGGUGGAUUUCAAUACCCGGAGGCUCUUGCGGCGAGCUGGAAGGGGAACCACCCGUGCGCCGGGUGGCUCGGGGUCAAUUGUGACGAUGGUGGUGUGAUCACCGAGGUAAACCUUUGCCGCCUUGGGCUCAACGGCACCCUUCACCCGGCCUUUGGCACCCUCAAGACGAUCCAAGCCCUUCUUCUCGCCGGCAACAAUAUCAGUGGUGCGGUACCACAGUCCAUCGCCGAGCUGCCGCUUCUCCGCUUCCAAGAUGUGUCAGAUAACUCCCUCGAGGGCAGCAUGCCGAGGUUCCACAGCGGCGUCUCGAUCUGGGCUCAAGGUAACCCAAACCUUACCGUCCCAGCAGCCAGUUGCACCCCCUGCAUCUACUCUGACACUGUACGAGGUUUCCUUGUGGCAGCCGCUCUCACCGUUAUCGUUGCUCUAAUUUCAGUUAAUUAG